GUUUGUGCUGUAGGAUACAAGGAAUGCACAGGACCCCUCUGUUGCUAUGAACACUACAUCCAGCAAAUUGCAAGAGAACUUGACCGCUCACUACAUGAGUGAACAAGAUGGGUUCUCUUUUAAAGAGAUCCAUCGUCUUCAUUCAAGCAAAGAUGGCAUCGUUUGCUGCCAUUUUUCAUCAGAUGGGAGGUUCCUAGCAGCUGCUGGUCAUGAAAGAAAGAUCCAUCUUUGGAGCAUGAAAGGAUGUGAUUGCAUUACCAUUGGAGAACUGCAUUCGGAUCUCAUCACUGACAUUCGGUUUAGACCUUGUUCAGAUAUUUUUGCCACAUCUUCCUUUGACAGGACAGUAAAAAUGUGGCAUGCAAAUGGAAUAAAACAACUUUUUCAGUUUGUUGGGCAUACUGGAAAAGUAACUUCAAUUGAUUUCGACCCGGUAAAUCCAGAUUAUUUCUGUUCCUGUGAUAGUACUGAUGAGAUUCGCCAGUGGAGCAUCAGCAUAAGUAGUUCCAGGAGUGUCUAUAAGGGAGCAAGUAGACAAGUUAGAUUCCAGCCUUUAACUGGGGGCCUUUUGGCUUCUGCGUCGGGAAAUACAAUCAACUUGUUUGAUGUGAAGACUGACAAACUCAUAUUCAGCUUCGAGGGACAUGUCAAUGAAGUCCAUUCAAUUUGCUGGGAUAAAAGUGGGGCGUAUGUGGCAUCUGUCAGUGAAGACAGUGCACGGAUAUGGUCCCUUGCAUCGAAUGGAAAAUGCAUCCACGUAUUGAAUUCUCAGGGAAAUAGGUUUGGAACAGGCAUUUUCCAUCCUGAUCAUCCUCUCCUCUUGGUUGUUGGGUCUUACCAGGCACUUCAACUGUGGAAUCCAACCACGAGCGACGGGACUAUGUCUGUCACUGCACACGAGGAUGUAAUUUCUGCACUGGCAGACUGUCGCGAGACUGGAGUGGUUGCCUCAGCUGGUAAAGACGAAUUUGUGAAAAUAUGGAAAUGAGACUAACUACUCUCCGGAUACCCGAAUAAAUCCAUAGCCAAAGAUAAACCUGUCACUCUUUUUGUUUUGUUUUUGCUAGGUAGACCUAUUACUCUUUGAAUUGAAGAAGAAAAGUUAAAAUAGUUGGGCAAAAACAUUGCAUAG